AGAGGUGGGGUGCACGGCAUUGCACAGGGUGCAGCAUGCAGAAAUGGGGUGCAACUGGGUGCAGGGCGUGCAGAGACGGGGUGCACAGUGUUGCACUGGGUGCAGCGCACUCAGGAAUGAGGGUGCAACUGGGUGCAGUGCAUGUAGAGACGGGGUUGCACAGUGUUGCACAGGGUGCAGUGCUCACAGGAGUGGGGGUGCAACUGGGUGCAGGGCAUGCAGAGAUGGGGUGCACAGUGUUGCACUGGGUGCAGCACACAGAAACGGGGGUGCAACUGGGUGCAGGGCAUGCAGAGACGAGGUGCACGGUGUUGCACAGGGUGCAGUGCUUGCAGGGAUAGGGGUGCAACUGGGUGCAGGGCAUGCAGAGACGGGGUGCAUGGCGUUGCACUGGCUGCAGCACACGCAGAAAUGGGGGCGCAGGUGGGUGCAGGGCAUGCAGAGACGGGGUGCACGGCGUUGCACGGGGUGCAGGGCAUGCAGAGACGGGGUGCACGGCGUUGCACUGGCUGCAGCACACGCAGAAAUGGGGGCGCAGGUGGGUGCAGGGCAUGCAGAGACGGGGUGCACGGCGUUGCACAGGGCGCAGCGCACGCACCGGCGGGGUGCUGGCUGCUGCAGAGACGGGGUGCAGCGCGCGCAGCGGAGGGCCGCGGAGCGUUGCAGCGCGCGGGACGCGCGCCGUGUGCCGUCACCGCCACGUCCCCACCUCCGCCUGUCCCCCCAUAACCCCCCGCAGCAGCAACACCCGCCGUGGCGGAAGGGGGGGACGACGACACACACACGACACGACGCGAGCCGGGGUGUCCCCCCCUAAUUAAUAAGGGGCUGAUUAUUAAUCGCACCGCGGCGUCACCACGCUAACGAAGGCGAGCGAUUGCCAACCGCCAUGCCGGGAGCAAGAGCCGCCGGCGCACAUGCUGGCCGAGGUGCUCUUCUGCCAGCCGGCCAUGCCCUCGCUGGGGCUGGCGCUCACCUUCGACGCCGACCAGCUCUUCUGGUUCGACUUCCCGCGCUCCAGCUGGACCCCGCGUCUGCCCGACCUCCCCUCGUGGCCCCCCGGCCUGGAGCCCCCCGCCGAGCUCGUCCGCGACGCCACGCUCUGCCAGGACCUGCGCCGCAGCCUCACCGAGCGGGUCACCGGCCUGCUGCCGGAGUCGAAGGGUAUCCCGGUGGCCGACGUCUUCCCGAUGCAACCGCCGGCGUUGGGUGAAGCCAACACGUUGGUGUGUAUGGUGGGAAACAUCUUCCCGCCGGCGGUGGAGAUCAGUUGGCAGCUGGACGGGGUCCCCGUCACCCAAGGGGUCACCCACACCCACUACACCCCCACGGCUGACCUGGCCUUCGUCCGCUUCUCCUACCUGCUGGUGACGCCCGCCGCCGGUGACAUCUACGCCUGCAUCGUCACCCACGAAGGGGACAACGCCUCUGUCGUCACCUACUGGGUGCCCCAAAACCCCGACCCCACCGAGGAGCUGGAGACGGCACUGUGCGGCGCCGCCAUGGCUCUGGGCAUCCUCCUGGCGCUGCUCGGCAUCGCCAUGAUCCUGGCGGCACGCCGGAACGCCCACGGUUGAGCAUGGGACGGUGCAGAGGCCGGCGCCGCUCGGUGCAGGAGUGGAGAUGGUGGCAGCGGGGGGGGGGGGGUGGUAAGCACCCUCUCCCCCCCCCCCCCCCCCGCAACAAUUAAACCUCUUGUCUGUG